UUUACUCGAAAGGAGAAGCACCCGUCACUUACAACGAGUUGAGUCUACUAAACGACAUCGUCGAUUGCGCACUUUAUGCAAUCGUAUAUUAGUAUCCCUUCAGUACAAUCUUUUGCAUAUGUGAUCGUAUCAAUUGCAGCUCCCAAUACUGUAUAAUGGGUACGCUAGCGGAGUCAAAUUUUUCGAAUCCCCUGUCGGUUCGCGCGCUUACCAACAUGGCCGCAAAUCGUCAACAAUUUACUGUCGGGCCUAGAAAUCACCAAUACAUGCAUCCUUCGGGGGUUCAAGUCACUCCUACUUCAAGAGUAAGCAAUAUGCAGCGCCCCAACAGUGCAUCUCCACGUCCUUCUAGCGUGGGGAGUAGCAGCAGUGGAGGAAAAGGAAAGGGUUUGCGUCAUGACAUUUGCGUUGGAGAAGAGGUGAAAAUUGCAGUUGACAUUGCAAUGGAGAAAUUUCGCAUAGAUGAAACACAAAAAGAACUAGAGUUCCCUUCGUCCCUCACAUCGACAGAAAGAGCCUACAUACACAGACUAUGCCAAACAUUAGGUCUGAAAUCAAAAAGCAGGGGGAAGGGAAACAACAGAUAUCUAACAGUGGGUAAGAAAGAAGGCAAUCAGACAUUAAAGGCCUCAUCUCUAUUCUCACUCAUGAAGAAUUCCAGACAGCAGAUAAAUAGUCUCCUACAGAGGUUUCCUGUAACAAACAAAGAGAGACAAGAGCUGCAACCUCGCACGGAUAAAGGACACUAUAGCGAAAUGCUUGUCCGUGACAUGAACAAAACCACAACUGGACGACUGAACAAUGGUGUUCCCCAAGUUCCUCCUCAUAGAGGGGACUCAGAGCUACUCAGCUUUAGACAGACUCUCCCUGUCAGUCAGAUGGGCCCAGAGAUCAUUAAUGCAGUCAGCAAAAACCAGGUGGUGCUAGUAUCGGGGGAAACAGGCUCUGGGAAGACUACACAGGUUCCACAGAUUAUCAUGGAUGAAUGCACCAGAACCAACAAACCAUGCCGGAUCUUCUGCACACAGCCACGUCGUAUCUCUGCACUCUCUGUUGCAGAGAGGGUAGCUGCUGAGAGAGGAGAGAAAAUAGGUCAGACAGUUGGGUACCAGAUACGUCUUGAGAGCAGGGUCUCCCCCAAGACUCUAUUAACCUUCUGCACCAAUGGAGUGCUUUUGAGGACACUCAUGGGCGGAGCUACUCCUCUUUCAGCUGUCACUCAUAUUAUUGUGGAUGAGAUUCAUGAACGUGAUCGAUUCAGUGACUUCCUGUUGAUCUUAUUGCGUCAUGCCAUUACACAGGGCAAGUAUCGCAAUCUGAAGGUGAUCUUGAUGAGUGCAGCGUUGAAUAUUGAUCUCUUCUCUGCCUACUUUGAUAACUGCCCAGUGAUAAAUGUGCCAGGAAAGGUGUUUCAUGUAGAAGAGUAUUUCUUGGAGGAUCUCCUUAAAAUGACUAACUAUACAAAUAAAGAAAUGGAGAAAUACAGACAAGAAAUUGGACAAGUUGAGAAGCAGCAACAAGAGCUGAAUGACUGGUGUAACAAGGCUGUGCCAACCCACUCCAAUAAACAUGAAGAGGAUGAUGGUAUAGUCCUAGAAGAACUGGACAUAAACGACAGUGGCAGUGAACGAUCACUUGAUAUGUCACUGGAUAAAGAAGAGCUUGAGCCUUGGUUGGUUAAGGAGAUGGACCAGUUACUGUCAGAUACAUGGCUUACUGGAGAUGAGGAAUUGUUUACCCAGAUAUUUCACCUCAUUAUGAGUGAGAAUGUCAAUGUUGACUACAUCCAUGCAGAAACCAGUGCCACUCCUUUAAUGAUUGCAGCUGGUAGAGGCUUCUUUAGUAUUGUUGAGCAACUCCUAAAUCUUGGGGCUAACAGCUCUAUUCGUGCCAGUAAUGAUUGGAUGGCUGUUGAUUGGGCCAAGAGGUUUGAGCACACAGAGGUGGUUGACCUCUUGGAGGCUCACAUGGCAGCCACUGAACAGUCCAAAGAUGAUGAAACAAUGCUUAUCAAAUCAGCCGAGACGAUCAGCCAGGAAGACAGAGAUCUGUUAAAAAUCUACCACCAUUGUUUUGAUGAUGAAAAAGUCGAUCUGGAUCUCAUCAUGGCCAUUCUUCAUCAGAUAUACACAAGCAACACUGAAGGUGCCGUAUUGAUAUUUCUCCCUGGUUACGAUGAGAUUGUCACCCUCCGUGACAUGAUACUUGCAGAUGAGGACCGUUUCCCAGACAACAGCAAGUACAUCUUGUACACACUGCACUCCUCCAUGCAGUCCUCCGACCAGAGAAAGGUAUUCAAAACAGUGCCACCUGGUGUGCGAAAAAUAAUUAUGUCCACUAACAUAGCAGAGACAAGUAUAACAAUCAACGAUGUUGUCUUUGUUAUUGAUUCUGGAAAGGUAAAAGAGAAAUCCUAUGACGCCAUCCAGGGGGUCUCCACUUUGAAGAGUACCUGGGUGUCAAAGGCAAGUGCGCUACAACGUAAGGGACGUGCAGGGAGAUGUAGGGCUGGAAAGUGCUACCAUCUAUUCAGCAGAGUACGCUGGGAUAGCAUGAUGCAAUACCAGGAGCCUGAGAUCCUUAGGUACCCCCUUCAGGAGCUUUGUCUACAUACCAAGUUACUUGCACCCAUGAAUAUGCCAAUAGCAGACUUCCUUGCCAAGGCCCCUCAGCCUCCUGCCUUUAUAUCAUGUAGGAAUGCUGUCACACUACUUAAGCAAAUCGAUGCCCUUGAUAAUUUUGAAGAUCUGACUGAGAUUGGGCACCAUUUAACAGACCUCCCUAUAGAGCCCCGCUAUGGCAAGAUGGUGCUUUACUCUGUAGUAUUGAAGUGUCUAGAUCCUAUCCUCACCAUUGCCUGUGCUCUAGCAUAUAGAGAUCCAUUCACUCUUCCUGCUCAUCCAUCACAAAAACGUGCAGCAGCUCAGGUGAGACGUAGGUUCUCCGCUGGGACUAACAGCGAUCAUAUGGCAUUACUUCGGGCUUUCCAGUCCUGGCAGAAGGCCAGAGCAGAUGGCUGGGAGCGAUCAUUCUGUGAGAAAAACUACCUGUCAUCUGCUACCAUGGAAAUGAUUGUCGGAAUGAGAACUCAGCUACUGGGGCAGUUGAGAGCAUCAGGGUUUGUGCGAGCCAGAGGUGGAGGGGAUAUACGUGAUCUGAAUACCAACUCUGAGAACUGGGCUGUUGUGAAGGCUGCACUUUGUGCAGGGAGCUACCCUAAUAUACUAAUGGUGGACAGAGAAAGGUGGCAGAUCAUGACACAGAAAGAAUCGAAGGUGAGGUUUCACCCAACAUCGGUGCUUAGUGCUGCUCCAGACUCUGGUAAACGACUCAAGACACAUGGUCAGCUGGUAAAUGCCCUACCCACUGAUUGGUUGCUCUAUGAAGAACUGUCAAGGUCACACAGGAUAGCCCAGGUACGAAUAGCGAGUGUGUUGUCACCUCUGACCCUUGCAUUGAUGGCUGGACCAUGUAAACUGUCAGAAGAUAACGUCAAGGAGGCUGAAAGUAUGGAGUCUCACGCACAUUCUCACAUGGGCCAGGGUGAUAUUAUGGAAGAACACAGUAGUGACAGUGAGGGGGAGGAGAAAGAUGAAGUACGCAAAAGUCUCUUUAGGGUCGAUGAGUGGAUUGCCUUCAAGGUUGACUCUGAAGCUGCUAACAUGGUGAUGCAGCUGAGACUUAAGUGGCACUCAUUGUUCCUAAGGCGCAUGAGAGCGCCAUCUAAACCUUGGUCCCAACCAGAUGAGAAUGUCGUCCGUGCUGUGAUUAACUGUCUGACCAAUGAGGAGCAAGGCUUGGGACUUCAGCAACCAGCGGGGAUUGGGCAGAGACCAAGACCAAUGUCUGAGGCAAUCAUGUCAAGUGGUAGUAGACAGAGCUCAUUUGAUGUUGACCAAUCAGAGGAGAGUCAGGGUGGACGUAAGAGUAAUAAGGGUGUCGGUACGCCUCCCCGCCAAUUCAGGAGAGAGUUUAUCAACCGUGGCAAAUACAGUGAUGACAGACAGUACCACAGUGCACCUACAUCUGGCGCUAGCUCAGCUGAGAAUAGUCGUCCCAGCAGCCUAAGGGGUAGUGCCCAAAGUAGCCCAUGCCCUUCCCCUAAGACAUCCUCACCCUCAUCUCCAUCUAAAUGGGGACUGGAACGGGAUCCUGGGGCAACAUCGUCACAUCCAUGCAGGUAUUUUGUGAUGAAGUCAAACAACCACAAGAAUCUUGACAUCUCAUACCAGAAACGUAUCUGGGCAACAACAGCUUCAAAUGAACGCAAGUUAAAUAAGGCAUUUAAGGAUGGGAAAACUGUCUACUUGAUAUUCUCCGUACAAGGUAGCGGACACUUCCAGGGUUUCGCAAAAAUGACGUCACUUAUUGGCAAGGAAAAAUCUCCAGAUUUUGGCGCUCCUGGUCUUGGAGGUUGUUUUGGGAUAGAUUGGGUGAAAAAGGCUAAUCUCCAGUUCCAAUCAGCUCACCAUUUGUUGAAUCCGUGGAAUGAGAACAAGAAAGUUCAGGUCAGCAGAGAUGGCCAGGAGAUAGAGCCACAGGUUGGGGGAGAGUUGUGUAAGCUCUGGGAUAAACUGCCUAACUUCCAACCCAAGCAGCAGUCACCACAGGCAUCCAAGCCUGUAAACAUCAUGAAAUCACCCCCCUCUAGUCAAGGACAGAGUAAACAGGGGUCAGAGGUCAAAUCUAAGCCAGUUGAGGUCAAAAGUCAGACCAGCCAGGAGGCAACUCACAAUGAACAAUCUAAGGUUUCAACUAAACCCCAGAAUGUACAUAAACAAUGGAACCAAGGUCAAGGUCAGAGAUAUUAUCAAGGUCAUUCUCAAGGACGUGGAGGCUAUGGAAGCCCACAUAUGAACCCAUAUGGACCAUUAUAUGUGAACCCCAUGAUGGGGCAGAGUCCAAUGGUGCAACAAGGGUCUCCAAAUAUGUCCCCAGGGCAAAAUAUGUCUCCUGUAAUGAUUCUACCCCGUGGUGCACAACCUCCUACACACCACAAUACUGGUCACCAUGGCAACCACCCUGGAUCAAAUUAUGGUGGUUACCAUGGCAACUACCAACAAUAGCUGCCAUGACAAUGAGUUGCCAAAUAAGCUUAGUAGACAACUGCACUUUCUGGAUAAAUGAGGAAAUAGCAAGGAUAAAUAUUAUACGCACAAACAGAGGUUGCCAUAGUGAUUUGAUCAUGAGUUGCUAGUAGCAUGGACGUCGAUAUGAUCAUGUAAGUGAAGAAUAACAAGGCAGAGAGUGUUCAAAAAUCAACAGUAAUCUCUUUUUACCCAAGUGUUCUAUGUUCCAAUGCACAAACACUGCAUCAUUGGAUGGAGAACUCACAUUAACAUUUAAAUAUUUUUGAUUGUUAUUGCUUUAGAUUUGAUUAACUUUGAUCGGGGAAUUCAUUGUGUAUUUGUUGUUAUUCCAUAGUUAGCAUGAUAUU